ACCCAUGAUUGGCCCAGAAUAAGAAAAUUUACAGCUUUAUCUCCGCGGGUUCGAGGAGCAGGUCGCGCGUUAUAAAUAGAGCCUCCGGUCGGGGAAAAGAAAAUGAGCCCCGACAUCCAAGGCAUCCGCGUCUGGCCACCGCUCCAUGAUCGCAGUCAGGAGGAUGGUGCAGCAGGCUUUCAGAGUAUCCGGCCGGAGCGCCUUUCCCCUGCUCAAGUGGAUGGAGAGGUGGGCUGAGCGCACGUCCGCCAAGGGGACCAAGGCGCUGAGGACCCUGGACGACAUGCCCGGACCGUCGGUGGCCAGCUUCGCCUGGGAUUUGUUUGGCAAAAGGGGUCUGUCACGACUGCAUGAGUUACAGGUGGAAGGAGUGCAGCGUUAUGGCCCCAUGUGGAAGGCCAGCUUUGGCCCCAUCCUGACAGUCCAUGUGGCUGAUCCAGUCCUCAUCGAGCAGGUACUGAGGCAGGAGGGCCAGUAUCCCAUGCGCUCUGACCUUUCCUCCUGGAAGGACUACAGAAAGGUCAGAGGACACCACUGUGGACUGCUGACAUCUGAGGGGGAAGAGUGGCAGACAGUGAGAAGUCUCCUUGGGAAACACAUGCUGCGUCCAAAAGCAGUCGAAGCUUACGAUAAAACCCUCAACAGCGUGGUCACUGAUCUCAUCGCCAAACUUCACUUUCGCAGACAUCCUCAGGGCCUCGUCACUGAUAUUGCCAGCGAGUUCUAUCGCUUUGGCCUCGAAGGCAUUUCCUCGGUGCUAUUUGAGUCCAGAAUUGGAUGCCUGGAUUCGGUCGUUCCAGAAGAGACAGAGCGUUUCAUUCAGUCGGUUAACACCAUGUUUGUGAUGACACUUCUUACGAUGGCCAUGCCAAGAUGGCUGCACCAGCUCUUCCCUAAACCCUGGAAUGUCUUUUGUCAGUGCUGGGAUUACAUGUUUGAUUUUGCUAAAGGUCACAUUGACCAGCGCGUGGCAGCUGAAGCAGAGAAGAUUGCCCGUGGAGAAAAGGUAGAGGGUCGUUAUCUUACCUACUUCCUGUCCCAGACGGGGUUACCCAUGAAGACUGUCUACAGCAACGUGACGGAGCUGCUUCUGGCUGGAGUCGACACAAUCUCCAGUACUUUGUCCUGGUCUUUGUAUGAACUGUCCCGCCACCCUGAGGUGCAGGCCUCACUCCGGGAUGAGGUGUUGACAGUGCUGGGGGGUCGAAACAUACCAGAAGCAGCCGACGUGGCCUGUAUGCCUCUGCUGAAAGCCACAGUCAAAGAGGUGCUCAGGUUGUAUCCUGUUAUUCCUGCUAAUGCUCGAGUGAUUACUGAAAGAGAUAUCCAGGUCGGGGGCUACCUCAUCCCUAAGAAUACUUUGAUUACCUUGUGCCACUUUGCAACAUCACGGGAUCCGGCCCUGUUUCCAAACCCAGAUGAAUUCCAGCCUCAUCGAUGGUUGAACAAGGACCAGACUUAUCACCCAUAUGCCUCCGUACCCUUCGGGGUGGGAAAACGCAGCUGCAUCGGUCGGCGGAUUGCAGAGCUGGAACUCUACCUUGCUCUUGCCAGGAUCCUCAUAGAGUUUGAUGUGAAACCGGACCCAGAAGGAGUUUCUGUGAAGCCCAUGACACGAACGCUUCUGGUUCCUGAAAAUGUCAUUAACCUCCAGUUUAUUGAACGAUGACCUGUUCUGCUGAGCUCUUCAGUUGAAUGAACAUGAGUCUCUCUGUGUCAGAGAGCACUGAAAGGUGGAUGUAGAGUAAUAGAUCAUCAAUGAGGCAUUGGGAACAGUAAACUCCAGAUUUCAAUACUAUGUUUGUAGCAUUUAAUUGUAGCAUUUAUUUGCACUGAGGCCAAAAGGAAGCAAGUGAUGUCGUCCAUCACAUAUGACAGUUUUAUUUAGACCUUCAGCUUUCACGUGUCCUCAAACCAUGUCAGAUGUCUUGAUGCAACAUGUCAGUAUUUAAAGAGGAUUUUCCCAGAAUCAGAUCAAGCUCUCCAAAAGGCGAUUAUGACCCGUGUUCGUAAAAUGUACCAACCAUUUCCUGUAUGUUCUGCUUAUGCAAAUAUUUCCUUUCAACAUUUCUGUAUGUUUCCUAGUAGGUAAACUGAUGUGUAAACUGAUAUAGUGUAGAUGUGAUGUUAAAUGAAAAACAGUGACUUUCAAAAGGUGCUAAUAGUAAAUGAAAGUUAGUGAAUAAUUCCUGUGAUGGUCAAAUCUAAAAAAAAAAUGGCAGCUGGUGAACAUAUUUUUAUGCACAAAUACAUGGAUUUUACAUCUAAAAUGUAUUCGACUCUUCAGACUCAGAUACAGUAAAUCUGUAUCUGAGUACAUCUGAGUAGAACACACACAUUUGUAAUAGUGCAGCACAAUGGAUUUUUCUGCAUCAAAUGUUGUAUGACUGUUGACAUCAUUUUGUAAAAUAUCUAAACUUUGGUAUCUAAAUUCUGUAUUUAUUAUAACUUAAGAUAUUUUGAAAUUGUUACUGUCAUUAAAAUGUUACUAAAAUGUCAUUAAAGGUUUUGGAGUCA